GGAGGGUCUACAUUAGAAACGGACCCGUACUAAAAUAAACUGCACGCGCGUUUGGUUUGUCCGGGUUCGGGAGGCUGGGCGCUGACGUGACAGGCAGCAUGAGAUCAACAGAGUCCAGUGAGAGUCGCUCACUGUCGGUCUCUGCUCUCAUUGUUUGUCGGCGUCAGCAUUUUACUAUCACACGCUGAAAUGCGCGUGCUUUUUCUAGCCUACUUAAGUCCCAAAACAGGGAACUGUACCACUGCCGAAAGAAUAAGGAAUCACAUUGAGGCUGCAGGACAUACUUGUGUACUCUGUGAUACAAGAGGGUUGAGCUCUGCUUCUGAUGUAUCAUCCCUGAUGACGCAAGAGCCGCGGUUCGAAGCUGCGCUGGCCAUUCAUCUUUUCAAAGGAGGCAGGCUGCUUUUAGAUGUGGGAUUGCCGUUCGGAGUGGUGUUUGGAGGGACGGAUGUCAACGAGGACGUGAGGGAUGAGCACAAGCGAGCUGUGAUGGAGGAAGUUCUGCGCAAGGCCAGGUUUGCUGUGGCAUUCACUGAUGCACUGAAAGAACAGGCUGAGAUGCUCCUGGUUUGCGAGAGCAAGAAGAUCCAUGUUCAGCCUCAAGGGAUUGAGACCAGAGUGGCAUCAAAUUUCAGCUGGAGGGACUUUUUACACAACACAGGUGUGUGUAGCAAACAAGUGGAAAAUCGAGAAGUUUUUCUGCUGGUGUGUGGACUCAGACGAGUUAAAGAUCCUCUGUAUCUUGUUAAAGCAUUUUCAGAAUGGCACAGUCAGAACCCAUUAGUGAUCCUCAUCAUCAUUGGUCCAAAGAUGGAUCCAGUGUUUACGGCAGAGGUUGAGGAGAGUGUCAAGAGAUUUGUUGGAGUGUUUCUGGCAGAUGAUUUGAGUCAGGAGGAAUUGCAUGCUGCCAUGCAGAAAUCAUUUGCUCUGGUCAACUCAUCUCUCUCAGAGGGAAUGUCUGCUGCCAUCUUAGAGGCAAUGGAUUUAGGUUUGCCUGUUUUAGCCAGGGAUGUUCCUGGAAAUGCUGCGAUUGUUGAGCAUCAGGUCACAGGACUGCUGUACUCCAGCCCACAGGAAUUUAUUAGCAUGUCCCAGAAACUUCUGGAUGACAAAGAGCUCCAGAAGAGACUGGUGAGAAAUGGAAAGAAUUAUAUAACGACAUGUCACAACCCCAUGAAGGAGAGAACAACCUAUCAGGAGCUGCUGAAGACUCUUCAUUGACAGUAUGAGGGGAUUCACUUUUGUCUCAGGGCAUAAAGAACUUUAAAAAAAGAGGGCUUCAUGAUCUAGAUUAUAGAGUUUUUGAGUCUAUAUUGUGUAUUUUUUUAAUAUAUUGGGACUUUCAUGACUGCCAAGAUAACAAGGUG